AUGCCUGAACCAAUUGCCAUUAUUAGAGCCGCCUGCCGAUUUCCAGGCGAGUACGAUAACCCCAGCAAACCCUGGGAGCUGAAUCGCUUCAAUGUUGAUCAUUUCUAUCACCCCGAGGCAACCUAUCAUGGAACGACGAACGCCACCAAGUCCUAUUUUCUUGAGGAGAACAUUGCCCCCUUUUAUGUGCCAUUCUUCAAUAUACAGCUAAUGGGGAGCGAUGCCGUUGAUCCACAGCAGCGUCUACUCCUAGAGGCUGUAUACGACUCUCUUCGCACCGCGGGUUUGCCCAUGGAGAAUCUCCGCGGACCAUCCACCGCCGUCUAUGUUGACAUGAUGCGUGAUGACUGGUCCACGAUGGUAUUGAGUGAUGUCGAGACCCUGCCGACUUAUACAGCUACUGGCUUAGCUCGAAGUUAUUCGCAGCGGUACCAGCAUGCUGGAAUAUAUCAACCAGGACGGGCUGAUGCUCACGUUCUACGAAAAUGGACUGGCAGCUGGGCCAAAUAA